GGUUUUCUGCAGAACCGAGCACAAAAUGCUUCCAAUAUGUUCUCCGGCUGCUUUUCAUUAACUGGUGAAAUCACUCCAGCCUGCAUCUAUCUUUGGGCCCCUGUCGUGUGUUUUUUUUUUCCUGUACGACACUUGUGAAAGUUCCUCAACCCUGUCCUGCAGGAUUGAAAAACGAAGGAUCAUCUCUGGCCUCUGUUGUGAAGCCAAAACCACAAAAUGAGCAUGACCACUUUCAACAUUCUCAUACUUCACAAUAUAGUGAAGUUACUAUAGAACAUCACGUCUGUGCGCUUGGAGCACCCACUGCAGUCAGCACUUUAUUAUCUCCUCCCUCGCCACUCCCAACUUUAAGGAAGUUUGUGCAUCGAGCCCUCACCGUAAAGUUUUGGCCCGUGCGCGCUCUGGUGCAACCAUCAUCUCCAGACUAAUACCGUGAACUCCUCCUUCUUCCCCCUCCCACGCCGUGCGCACUGGUUCUCCUCUGCGCGCUCUGGGUCUCGCGUCGGACAAAUUGCGGCGGAGCGCCGGAUCCUCUAAAGUUGGCUGAAUUUGCGUAAAGGGGGGGUACAAGGUUCGGUUUUUAUUUUUAUGUGGACUCGGUUAUUAUAUGACUUGGUUUUCAGGCUAGAUUUCUUAGCAGUUUGACCAUGGAGACUCUCAGAAGUCUCCUCACGCUGCUGUGCGUUUUCCUGGCCGGAGCGCAGAUCCAGACGCAGAUCCAGAUUCCCAAGUAUGAGGAGUGCCCCGUUGACCUUUUCUUUGUAUUGGAUACAUCCGAGAGUGUCGCCCUCCGAAAGAAAGAGAACUCCUUUUACAUUGAUCAGAUGAAGGAAUUCACCAACGAAUUCAUAGAUGAGCUCAGGCAAAUGCGCCACCACUGCGACCGCACCGUCACGUGGAACUCGGGAGCGUUGCACUACAGUGACGAAGUCAUCAUGGUGAAGGAGCUGAGUGACAUGCGCACGCAACGCCAAGCCCUGAAGGACGCCAUCAGUAAGAUCAGCUACAUCGGCAAGGGCACGUACACAGACUGCGCUAUCAGGGAGGCUCUGGCUGAGCUGCUCACUGGAGGCUCCCACUACCAUGAGAACAAGUACAUCGUGGUGAUUACUGACGGCCAUCCGCACACCGGUUACAAAGAGCCAUGUGGAGGUGUGCAGGAAGCUGCCAAUGAAGCCAAGCACCAUGGAGUAAAAGUGUUUUCCGUGGCCAUCUCGCCCGACCAGGAGGAAAGCAGGCUCUUACUCAUUGCCACAAACCGGAAUUACAGACAGAACUUCACCGCUGCGGAUGACGCCCGAUCCAAAAAGACUAAAUCCAUUCAAUCCAUCAUUGAAAUUAUUACGAAUGAGACCAGGGAUGCGUGUUGCUCCUAUGACUGCACUCCUCCCGGAGGAGACAAAGGCGAUAGAGGAGAUGAUGGCACAAAGGUGAGGUGUCCAUCGGACAAAUCGGGCCGACGGAAGACCACAAACCUGACCUGGAACCCCCUGAGGUCAUUGACGUUCUUUUCCUAUCUCUUCAGGGAGAAGCAGGCCGACCGGGAAUCCCGGGAGAAAAAGGCAGCAUCGGUGACAUGGGCAGCCGUGGUGAUCCUGGUCCAGUCGGCUACACUGGAAUGAAGGGAGACCGCGGAAUCAGGGGAGACAAGGGUGAACGAGGACAAAAAGGCUUCAAGGGCGACAAAGGUCUAAGGGGGAGGGAUGGAAUCGAUGGACACAAAGGUGAACCUGGCUUUGCGGGCCUUCCGGGCUGUAAAGGUUCCCCAGGACCAGAUGGUCAAAAGGGAGAUGGUGGACCCAAGGGGGACCCCGGCCCGUACGGAAGGAAAGGAGCCAAAGGAGAUACCGGAAGAGAUGGCGAACCCGGAAGGCCUGGAGACACCGGACCCUCGGGACCGAAGGGCGAUAAGGGCACGCGCGGAAACAACGGAGACAAAGGAGAGCGUGGUGACGAUGGACUACCUGGGUCAGACGGACCUCCCGGCGAUAGAGGAGAAUCUGGAGAAAAGGGCGAGCAAGGAUCCCGUGGAAACAGAGGUCCAAAAGGGGAUCCGGGGGAGCCAGGACCACGCGGGGAGCCAGGGAGGGAGGGUGGAGCCGGUGAGAACGGAGACCCUGGCGAACGUGGAAGGCCAGGUCUUGCAGGGUACAGAGGAGAUGAAGGGGCACCUGGACAAGAGGGACCAAAAGGACCAAGGGGGAUCAAAGGAGCUCCAGGAGACAGAGGCACAAUGGGGGAAAGGGGAGACGAUGGGGCCCCAGGAAAUGGUACAGUAGGAUGCCACGGUUUCCAGGGUCAUCCUGGGGCCCGCGGAGACAUUGGUGAGAAAGGUAGCAGCGGUCCUCCUGGCAGCAAAGGAGAUGAUGGAGAGCCUGGAGAUCCAGGCCCCGAUAACAACGAGGCAGGGCCACCGGGAGGUAAAGGGGCAAAAGGCCACAGAGGGCCUGAGGGUAAACCGGGUCCUCCCGGGCCGCCUGGACCACCAGGAACCGAUGAAUGUGAAAUUCUGGAUAUAAUCAUGAAGCUCUGCUCCUUUUCAGAGUGUAAGUGUGCGCCCCUGGAUCUGGCUUUCAUUGUGGACAGCUCCGAGAGUAUCGGCGCAGAGAACUUUGCUCUUGCCAAAGAUUUUAUCAUCACCGUCAUUGACAGGCUCAUUAAGGACCACCAAGUGCAGUUCAAUGCUAGCCAUUCCAAUGUGAGCGUAGUCCAGUACAGUGGAUCGAAAGCCCAAGAAAAGGUCCACCUAACCACCAACCUGACCCAUUUCAAAGAGCAAGUAAGGAACCUGAAGUGGCUGGCUGAGGCCACAUACACAGGCGAGGCUCUCGAUUAUGCUCUGACCAACACACUCGUCACAAUGACAAAAGACAACAAAGUUGUACUCAUUCUCACCGAUGGCCGCUCGGACAUUAUCAGAGACCCAACAGACCUUGGAGUACUUUGCAAUAAAGGCCUCAACGUGGGUGGUUUGGGAGUGAGGGACUACGCAGGCCGAGAUUACAACUCAGAGCAGAUGAAUGCCAUGAUCUGUCAGAACGACCCCAAACCAGGUUUUCACAUGAUAGUAGACAAUUUUGCUGGGCUGCUAGAAGACGGUUUCCUCCAAAAUCUCACAGGCAAGAUCUGUGAAGAGAAGAAAUGCCCAGACUACAAAUGCGAGACCGUGUUCAAGGAAAGUACCGACAUUUUGCUGAUGAUGGACAGCUCUGCCAGUGUGGGCAAGAAGAACUUCGAGGUCAGCAAAACCUUCGUCAAGCGCUUGGCCGAGAGCUUCAUAAACGCCGAAAAGAAAGGCAGCGCCAAAGUCCGAGUUGCCGUGGCGCAGUACAGCAAGCGAGCUACGGUGGUGGUGCCGCUGAAUGACACGUUAGAGGUGCUGACCAAAGGCAUCGAAAAAGCGCAGUUCCAAGACGAGGGCACCGACGUUAUAGAGGCCAUCAACGUUGCCGUACGGGAGUUACGAAAAAAUCCAGUCGUCAGGGGACCUUGGAAGAAGCUGGUGCUGUUCUCCGACGGCAGGUCUCAGGGGAUGGACAGGGCCAAGCUGGAGGAACGCGUUCGGCAGCUGGCCGCCAAUAACAUCGAGCUGUUCGUCAUCUCUGCCGGUAGCCAAAUCAAUGAGGUCAACCUGCGCCUGCUGGUGAGCAAAGGCGAGAAAGAAGACCGCAACUACGCUCACCGCUACCUGUUCCGUGUGGCAGACUACCCGUCCCUGCUCCGGGGGGUCUUCUACCGAACCGUCAGCCGCAGGGUUGCCGAAAUACCGCCAUCUACAGUCUAAUCUGCAAUAUUUGUUUUAUCUCUCACCACCCUUUUAUAUUGUAUCGGACGUUUUAUGUCACAUUAAUGCAAAAAGAAGAGAACAAAUACAGCUGUGAACCGAAAAUGUACCCAUUUUCUUUCCCCUGCAACUGUAUGACAUGUAACCCAGAAAUCUGGCCCCUGACUCUUAUUGUUUCAUUAAGAGUUUUGAUGCCAGCAUGUUUUAUUGAAAGUGUUUUUGUAAAAGUCAAAAUGUAUUUGUGACGUGGGGUAAACACACACACUAGAAAAUGAUUUCAAAGCUCUAAAGAUUACCCAUACAGCAGGGAUAACAUGAUGUGACAUCAGAGAGACUCUCAGGCAAAAAACCAUCAGCACUUCUCCUGGUAAUGAAGUGAACAGCUGGACUUGCACUUAUGAGUAUUUGUAUGUGUGAGCCCCACUGUAUGCACAGCAUACCAGUGCCUGUUUAGCUUUGGGCUUUCGUUCCAUAAACAGUUUUGCUGGGGUCACUGGCUCAAAUGCAAAAAGAACAGAGUGACAGAAACCUGUACUUUUUUCCAACCGUUCAGCCGAGAAGCUUUUUUAAAAAACACUCAAGCAAGUACUCACAUGGAUGUGCACACUUUCACAUUUCACCAAUACGGCAGCAGAACACCUGUCCAGGUAGAAAAAUGGGAAGAAUACCUUGUGGGACUUGUGAGCAUACACAUCAACACAACUAAACACACAUUGCUAUUUGAUCUCAUCAUGUUCAUCAUGAUUUUUUGCCACCAGAUGCUUGGAGGGUUGCUGUUAGUUAUUGACUUUGGUGCUACUGGUCUUCCUGUAUAAGCCUCUACCCAUUUUGUUCAAGAAGAUAUUUUACUUGAGGAUGCGUAGCCUCAGUAGUGUUUCAAGAGCUCCUUCAAUAAAGGUUGCUAUUCCAAAAGGG